CUUUUGUGUACUAGUGCCGUGCUAAUCCACACAACUAAACCAAUUUAAAUCAAGUGCAAAGUUUUAUUAUUGACUCAUUAAGGAUGAAAUUGUUGGCGCUUAUUGUUUUGGUGGCGGCCGCCGCUGCGUACCCCGUGGACAAUCCGGACGGCACACCUCUAGUCAUAACGGAUUACAGUUCGGUCGCCAAAGCCGAAGAAACCGUCCCCGCCGAGAAGAAACUGGAACAGGUCCUCCAAAGUGAACCACAAUCGGACGAGAGUUCAUCCUCUGAAGAAUCAGCUGAAAAAGUGUCGGAAAAACCAGCACCAGUUGAAGAACCGAAACCUGUCGAGCCAAAACCCGAAGAAAAACAAGAAAAACCUUUGGAACCAGUGAAAGCUGAAGAAAAACCACAAGAGCCAGCUAAAGAAGAGCCACUAGAAAAGAAAGAAAGACGCGACGAACCCAAAUUAGUGGAACCUCUCGAGGAACAAAAACCAGAAGAACUCAAAGAACCAAUCGCUGAAGCUAAACCUGAGGAGAAGGUCGAACUGAAGAGCGCGCCGGUCGAGGACAAAGUUGACAGUGCGGUACCGCAAGUAAAAUCCAUUCCCGAAGAGAUCAAGCCAGAAGCCGCCGAACCCGCCGUGAAAGCCGAAAUUCCAGCUGAAAAAACCGAAGAGGUCGAAAAGCCGGUCGCACUUCCCGCUUUGAAAUCCGAGGAGUUGCCGAAGAUCGAAGAGGCACCGAAAGCUGCUGCCACCGAGAUCAAAGAGGAGGUCGUACUACCCAGCGAACAGAAAGUCGAGGCGACUCCCAUAGCCGAAGAAAAGGUUCCGGAAUUGAAAACCACUCAAGCCCUCCCAGAACCUAUCGCCGAAAAGGCGGAAGAGAAGAUCGCCGAACCAAUCGCCGAAGCCAAACCGGAAGAGAAGGAGAAGAAGGCCAAGUCCGAAGAGCCACUACCUGAACAGAAACCAGAACAACCGAAACUGGAAGAGAAACCUGAAAUUAAAGAGGAAAAACCGGAAGAGAAGCCUGCCGAACCAAAAUCAGAAGCAUUGCCUGUCGAACCAAUCGUAGAAGCGAAACCCGAAUUGAAAUCUGAGAUCAAAUUGGAAGAGAAGGCGGAAGUGAAGCCCGAAAUUAAGCUGGAAGAGAAAGCUGAAGAUGGAAAGGCGACGGAGGCACCGAAGAAGGACGAACCGAAACUGGAGGAGCUGCCCGAAAAAUUGCCAGAACCAAGUGCAAGUUCUUAAAUCGUCGUGCAGUUUUUUUUAAUUAUUAAUAAUUUAAAAACGAAAUGACUGAGGAGGUUUGCUUGCCCUUGUGUUCUCGUCCACUUAAAAAAUAUAAUUAUUUAAACACAACAGUAGAACAUUCGGGACAAUCGGACCUCAUAUAUUAAAUAUUAUUUAUGUGUGCUCAAUUUUACAGAUCGUAAAUACGAAAGUCGUCGUGUUUUGUUGUAAAAACCGUUGUUUUUUUAUUUGUAUUUUUGUCAUUGUUUUCUUGUCAAUAUCGAGUGAAAUAUACAGAUCGAAUGACGUAAUGUUUUUAAUUGUUGGAUCUAUUUGGUACAGUUAAGUAAAUCACGCAGUGUUUAAUAUACAUUCUAUUAGUAAGGAUCUAUUUCUAUGUAUUUAAAGCUUUCAAUAAAGUUUUAUACAUA